CCCUGUAACUUCCCUUCUCACAGGGAGGGAACUGCCACAAGGCCCUUGGAACCUGGAUCUCUGUGUCCUGACUGAAUGAUUGGUGUGAAGACGCUCCUUUAGCAUUUCAUCAGUUUGCCUUUUUAUUCCAUCAGGAGAUGUUGAAGGGAUGCUGGCAGAAGGGGAACAAUCAGAAGUGUCACCCAAAGAAUCCAAAGAGCAAAGGAAGCUGAGGGUUCAAGAUGGAAGCCGAAGGCGAGAAGGGAGACGAAAGCAGAAGCCGGAGGGUGACUCUUGUACGUCUCAGGGUGGGUGAAAAUCAAAUUCCUAGAGAGGAGAAAAAGCAUGAAUGCACCGUGUGUGGAAAGAGAUUUGGUCGUCGCUCAACUCUUACUUUACAUCAAAGAACUCAUACAGGGGAGAAACCGUAUACAUGUUUAGAGUGUGGAAAGAGCUUCAGUGAACGUGGUAACCUUACCUCGCAUCAAAGAACUCAUACAGGGGAGAAACCGUAUACAUGUUUAGAGUGUGGAAAGAGCUUCAGUGUCAGUGGUAACCUUACCUCGCAUCAAAGAACUCAUACAGGGGAGAAACCGUAUACAUGUUUAGAGUGUGGAAAGAGCUUCAGUCGAUGUGGCCAGCUUACUACGCAUCAAAGAUCUCAUACAGAGGAGAAACCGUAUACAUGUUCAGAGUGUGGAAGGAGCUUCAGUGAGAAUGGUGCCCUUACCUCGCAUCAAAUAACUCAUACAGGGGAGAAACCGCAUACGUGUUUGGAGUGUGGAAAGAGCUUCAGUCACUGUAGUGCCUUAAUCUUGCAUCGAAGAACUCAUACAGGAGAGAAACCGUAUACAUGUUCCGAGUGUGGAAAGAGCUUCAGUCACUCUGGCCACCUUACUACGCAUCAAAGAUCUCAUACAGGGGAGAAACCAUAUACAUGUUCAGAGUGUGGAAGGAGCUUCAGCCAGAGUGGCAGCCUUAGCUCGCAUCAAAGAUUGCACACAGGAGAGAAACCGCAUACGUGUUUGGAGUGUGGAAUGAGCUUCGCUCGCAGCAAUGGGCUUACUAGACAUCAACAAACUCAUCGAGGCAGCAAACCUUAUAAAUGCUGGGAAUGUGGCAAGAGCUUCAGUCGCAUCGACAACCUUUCCUCGCAUGAAAGAAUUCAUACAGGGGAGAAACGAUAUACAUGUUUCGAGUGUGGAAAGAGCUUCAGCCACAGUUCCAGCCUUACCUUCCAUCAAAGAUUGCACACAGGAGAGGAACCGUAUAAAUGUUUGGAGUGUGGGAAGAGCUUUAGUCGUGGUAGCUUACUUACAUUGCAUCAAAGAACUCAUACAGGGGAGAAACCGUAUACAUGUUCGGAGUGUGGAAGGAGCUUCAGUCGUAGUAGCUCCCUUAAGUCGCAUCAAAGAACUCAUACAGGGAGGAAAUCUUAGAAAUGUUUGGUUUAUGGAAAGAACUUCAGUGACAGGGGCUCGCUUCCUAAACAAUAAAGAACUCGUACAAGGGAAACAUCUUAGAAAGGGUUGUCGUGUGGGAAGAUCUUUAAUCAUAACAAAUAACUCCUACAGAGAGUAAACCAAUGAUCGUGUUCUGGUCCCCCCAGGACAGCCAUUAUUGUAUUGGAAGAACUUUCUGACAGUAAGAGCUGUUUUGACAUUGGAACAGUCUCCUUCGGUGGGAGGUGGGCUCUCCUUCCUUGGA